CAGUCGGGGAUUGAUUUCUAUCAGAGCCAUUCCCAUAAUCAUAUUUGCAGCUCUGCAUUUGAGCUGUCCAAUCCUCUCUGGGCGUGGUCAGUCAGACUUCACUUCUUUGGCAAAGUCUUUUAGUUCAGCAGUUGUGGCAGCAGAGCACUAGUUUCUGUUGGAGGGCUGUCUGUUGUUAAAGUUAUUGGGUCACGGCGCAGUAGACCGAGACAAGCAACCAUGACUUCAACCAAUAUGUUUCAGGGACUUGAAUCUAGUGGCAAACCAAGUUCAAGGGUACUAAGACCUCCAGGUGGAGGGUCCAGCAAUCUCUUCGGUGGUUAUGAAGAAGACACUUCUGCCUCCAGACGGCCAAACAAAAUGUCCUCCUCUAUUUUUGCGCCUGCAGAAGAAUCUCAGGGGAGUCCCAAACGCUCCAAUCCCCCAGGUGGAAAGAGCAGUGGGAUAUUUGGGGAGCCAGAGGCUCCUUUGCCUCGGAGUAGGGCGACUCACCAUGGUGGAGGAUCCAGUAACAUCUUUGGGGGAGCAGAGUCGACCCCAUCUUCUGUGAAAAGUCAUCCUAACAAACCAAAGGACAACUUGGGUGUGGGUGUACCUGCUACUCCAGAUCCACCAGCCCCGGUGGCAAAGGAGGCGACUGUAGUUGAGGAAAAAGUGAAAGUGGAGCCAGUGUCUCCUCAACCCACACCUGAAAAAGAGGCAGCAGCCCCUCCCCCUGUCUCAGCUCCUGCCCCUGCCCCUGCCCCUGUCUCUUCCCCCGCCCCUGUCUCUGCACCUGCGCCGACAGCCAAUCAGAAAUCUGAGCCAGCCACACAGCAACCAACAGAAAAAGACCAUGAGCCACGCCUCGGACCACGACCUCGCUCUCACAACAAAGUGCUCAACCCACCAGGUGGAAAGUCCAGUGUGGUUUUCUAUUAGCCACAAGUGCUGCUUUCCAUCAUUGUCACUGCCCUUCUUCCAUCUCCUUUUAACCUGUACUAAAACUUAUCCUCUCUCAUUUACUUUAUCUUUUGGUUAUUUCUUUCCCCUAAAGUCUGUCACUCUUCAUUCCUUUAUUGCUUUUGCACUUUCUGAUUCAUUCCUCACUUUCCUUUCCUCCUUUCCAUCUAAUUAGAAUCAACUGUCACUCCAAUAACUGAAGGGUUAUGUUUCCUUUAAAAUGGUUUGCAUAUACUGUGGUUUCUCUGUAUGAUUAUGUUCUCUUAAUUUGCUGAUGUAUUAAAUGCAAGUUUGCCUCAAGAAACUCAGUACAGUCUAUGCAGUGUUCAACUGGAACCACUGUUGGUCGCCAAAGCAAGCUCUUCAGUAUCAGUGUGUGCAGAUCUUCCUUUGAAACUCAGUGAAUGUUUUCUGAUGGUAAUGGAAAAUUUACUUUUGUGCAAUAAGGUGACUUCAUUGCUCCUUUUUCCCCUCUUGCAUUUUUUUUAAACACCAAGCCAAAUGUAAACGUAAUAGCUCAGAUGCAAAACCAAAUGCAGAGUUGUAAUUGAUAAUCGCGACGCACACAUGUAUGGCAAUGUAGAGAAUGUGUACAAUCAGACAUCACUAACAUAUUACAUUGUUACAGUGUCCAUACAUGCAUUUGAAUGUAAUCAGAGACCCUUAAAAGAAUCCUCUGAUAUGCCUGAUUCUGUACUUGAAAAGAGUUGCUGCGCCAUGAUUGUUUGGCCUUUGUUCCCAUUAGCCAUCUGCUUUAUUCUUUACAUGGCAGUCGGAAAGUCAUAUGAUGUGUGUGGGCGUUUCCCACAUUACUAGUGCCAUCCCUGCCCAAAAUACUUCAGUGGAUGCUUGGCAAUGUGACUGGCUGCAAAGAUGUCACACAGAGACCUGUUUCAUACAAUACACUUCUGUAUUGUUCAUUUAUAUGCUGUAUUGUGUUGCUUUUUUCCAUGACAGUAAGAUGUUUUACCAUGUUGCUCUAAAUAAACAGAAAUCUUCGUUUAAA